GGAAGACAAGGAGGCGCGGGAACUCACUUUACUUUCUCUCUCUCCAUUUGACAGUUCCAUUCACCGCAAUGUUCAGGCUAGCCACUAGAAACGUCGCCCUUUUCUUGCCCCGUUGGUGCUCCCUUGCUCGCUUCUCUCCUUCUCCUCCGUUUCCCUUUCUCAUUUCAUCACUUCCUUCUCGCUUCCUUCGAAUAAAUGGACAUGUUAAAAAUGUAACAAGUUAUGCGGAAAAGAAGGUUUCAAGGGGGAGUACUAAGGCCACCAAGAAGCCCAAAGUGCCAAAUAAUAAUGGUUUAGAUGAUAAAGACCUUCCUCACAUAUUGUGGUGGAAGGAGAGGUUGCAGAUGUGCCGAAAGCUUUCAACUGUCCAACUAAUUGAAAGACUUGAAUUUUCUAAUUUGCUUGGCCUGAAUUCCAACUUGAAAAAUGGAAGUCUGAAGGAAGGAACACUCAACUGGGAAAUGUUGCAAUUCAAGUCAAAAUUUCCACGUCAAGUAUUGCUUUGCAGAGUUGGGGAAUUCUAUGAAGCUUGGGGAAUAGAUGCUUGUAUUCUUGUUGAAUAUGUGGGUUUAAAUCCCAUUGGUGGUCUGCGAUCAGAUAGUAUCCCAAGAGCUGGUUGUCCUGUCGUGAAUCUUCGACAGACUUUAGAUGAUCUGACAACAAAUGGUUAUUCAGUGUGCAUUGUGGAGGAGGCUCAGGGCCCAAGUCAAGCUCGAUCCAGGAAACGUCGCUUUAUAUCUGGGCAUGCUCAUCCUGGAAAUCCCUAUGUAUAUGGACUUGCUACAGUUGAUCAUGAUCUUAACUUUCCAGAACCAAUGCCUGUAGUAGGAAUAUCUCAUUCUGCAAGGGGCUAUUGCAUCAAUAUGGUGCUAGAGACCAUGAAGACUUAUUCUUCUGAAGAUUGUUUGACAGAAGAAGCAGUUGUUACAAAGCUUCGUACUUGUCAAUAUCAUCACUUAUUUCUGCAUACAUCUUUAAGGCAGAAUUCUAGUGGAACCUGCGACUGGGGAGAAUUUGGUGAGGGGGGACUUUUGUGGGGAGAAUGUUCUUCUAGACAUUUUGAAUGGUUUGAUGGAAACCCUAUCUCUGAUCUUUUGGCCAAGGUAAAGGAGCUUUACAGUCUUGAUGAGGAGGUUACAUUUCGGAACGCAACUGUGUAUUCAGGGAAUAGGGCUCGACCUUUAACUCUUGGAACAUCUACUCAAAUUGGUGCCAUUCCAACUGAAGGAAUACCUUCUUUGUUGAAGGUCUUACUUUCACGAAACUGCAAUGGAUUACCAGCAUUGUAUAUAAGGGAUCUUCUUUUGAAUCCUCCUUCAUAUGAGAUUGCAUCCAAAAUUCAAGCAACAUGCAAACUUAUGAGCAGUGUAACAUGUUCAAUUCCAGAAUUCACAUGUGUUUCUUCAGCAAAGCUUGUAAAGCUACUUGAAUGGAGGGAGGUCAAUCAUAUGGAAUUUUGUAGAAUAAAGAAUGUACUUGAUGAAAUUUUGCUGAUGAACAAAACCUCUGAGCUCAAUGACAUAUUAAAACAUUUAAUUGACCCCACAUGGGUGGCAACGGGGCUAGAAAUUGACUUUGAAACCUUGGUUGCUGGAUGUGAAGUUGCAUCUACUAAGAUUGGUGAUAUAAUCUCUCUGGAUGGUGGGAAUGAUCAGAAAAUCAACUCUUUCUCUCUUAUUCCUCAUGAAUUUUUUGAGGAUAUAGAGUCUAAAUGGAAAGGCCGAAUAAAAAGAAUCCACAUAGAUGAUGUAUUUACUGCUGUGGAAAAAGCAGCUGAAGCCUUGCAUAUAGCAGUCACUGAAGAUUUUGUUCCUAUUCUUUCUAGAAUAAAGGCUACUGUAUCCCCACUUGGAGGUCCUAAGGGAGAGAUAUCUUAUGCUCGGGAGCAUGAGGCAGUUUGGUUCAAAGGCAAACGCUUUACUCCGAAUUUGUGGGCUGGUAGCCCUGGAGAGGAACAAAUUAAACAGCUUAGCCAUGCUUUAGAUUCUAAAGGAAAAAAGGCAGGGGAGGAAUGGUUUACCACACUAAAGGUGGAGGCUGCAUUAACAAGGUACCAUGAAGCAAAUGGCAAGGCAAAAGAAAGAGUUUUGGAAAUUUUAAGGGGACUUGCUGCUGAAUUGCAAUACAAUAUAAACAUCCUUGUCUUUUCUUCCACGUUGCUUGUUAUUGCCAAAGCUUUAUUUGCUCAUGCAAGUGAAGGGAGAAGAAGGAGAUGGGUCUUUCCCACACUUGUAGAAUCCCUUGGGUUUGAGGAUGUGAAGUCAUUGAACAAAAUCCAUGGGAUGAAGAUAGUUGGUUUAUUACCUUAUUGGCUCCACGUAGCAGAAGGUGUUGUGCGUAACGAUGUUGAUAUGCAAUCAUUAUUUCUUUUGACAGGACCAAAUGGUGGUGGGAAAUCAAGUUUACUGCGGUCAAUUUGUGCUGCUGCACUACUUGGAAUUUGUGGACUCAUGGUUCCUGCCGAAUCAGCCCAUAUUCCUUAUUUUGACUCCAUCAUGCUACAUAUGAAUUCAUAUGAUAGUCCAGCUGAUAAAAAGAGUUCCUUUCAGGUGGAAAUGUCAGAACUUCGAUCCAUCAUUGGUGGAACCACCAAAAAGAGCCUUGUACUUAUUGAUGAAAUUUGUCGAGGAACAGAAACAGCCAAGGGCACUUGUAUUGCUGGUAGUAUCAUUGAAACUCUUGAUAGAAUUGGGUGUUUGGGUAUCGUAUCCACUCACUUACAUGGAAUAUUUACUUUACACCUAAACAUAAACAACACUGUGCACAAAGCAAUGGGCACAACAUCCAUUGAUGGACAAACAAUUCCUACCUGGAAGCUAACGGAUGGAGUUUGUAGAGAAAGUCUUGCUUUUGAAACUGCCAGGAGAGAAGGAGUUCCUGAGCUUAUUAUCAGAAGAGCUGAAUAUAUUUAUCAGUCAGUUUAUGCUAAGGAAAAGGAACUGCUUUCUGCAGAAAAAUCCUCAAAUGAAAAAAAGUAUUCUACUUAUAUCAAUGUCAGUAAUUUGAAUGGAACACAUCUUCCUUCAAAGAGGUUCUUAUCAGGAGCUAAUCAAACGGAAGUUUUACGCGAGGAAGUUGAGAGUGCUGUCACUGUGAUAUGCCAGGACCACAUAAUGGAACAAAAAAGCAAAAAGAUUGCAUUAGAGCUUACUGGGAUAAAAUGUCUCCAAAUCAGGACAAGGGAGCAGCCACCUCCGUCAGUUGUAGGUUCUUCAAGUGUCUAUGUGAUGUUCAGACCAGAUAAAAAACUCUAUGUUGGAGAGACUGAUGAUCUUGAGGGUCGUGUCCGAGCACAUCGAUUGAAGGAAGGAAUGCAUGAUGCAUCGUUUCUUUAUUUUCUUGUCCCUGGAAAAAGCUUGGCAUGCCAAUUAGAAUCUUUGCUCAUCAACCAGCUUUCUAGUCGAGGCUUCCAACUGACCAAUACAGCUGAUGGUAAACAUAGGAAUUUUGGCACUUCCAACCUGUAUGCAUAACUAGUUAAUAGACAUUGAUGAUUUCUACCUUAACUUUGUUUUUGUCCAGUUUUGUACAGCUUAAUGACUUUAAUUGUCUUCAUGCGCACACGUGCGCAUAUUGAUUGAUGAUAAUGAAGUUUAGGAAGUAACGUCUGCAGCAUUUUUGUUAGAAUUAGUUGCUGCAGCUGCGUUGUGUCUACAUCUGUAAAUGUGCAAAUGAUUGUUCAUUAGCUUGCAAAUAAAAAAGCUCUAUGUUCUAUUCUUAAA